UCUGCUUACACCUCCCAAAGAGGGAAGAACAAAAAUAGUUACAUUUAGUACGGAUCUAGACGUACACAAUACUCUACAAGGCCAACUAAGAAGAGGAGACUUUUCACUGUAUUUUUAAACACAAGGAAGUUCAUUAUACACAAAACGGACAGGCAUAAUAAGAUGAAUAUUUGCAAAAUUUUGCGAUUAGGGUAACGUUCUGCGUGUAAAAACCACCAAGGAAGUCAUCAUCACAGGUGACGGUCGUGAAUCUCGGCCACACCGUCAGGCACACGUGAUGGGUCGUUAAAGAUGACGCUCUAAGUUUCACCUUCAAGUAGUAGAUUAUAGCCAGGCAAUGUUUAGGCCAAUGUGGGGACUUUUAUGUCACGUAAAAUGCUACCUGAGAAGUGCAUCAGGCUGGCUGUGACACGGCCAGGUAAACACAGGUACGCUAAAAGAAGCGGCAAACAAGAUAUCCUUCGUUCGCAUUCUAAACAGUUAUUGUAUUGAAGGGCAUGCAUGGAGUCCCGUGGCAUUCUACUAUAUUACCUAUGGAUCACUGUAUCAUUGAUUCCAGUGACAAAGUUAAAUGAGUGUCCUGCUCCCUUGAGUACUCGGAUCCCAGGAGAUGUCGAGCUCAUCGGUAUGUUCAGCCUGCACCUCCCCUCCUCCCAGCGUGGGACCCUGAUAGGACAACCCCACAAAGACCAGCUUACCCCAGCGCUGCUCACUGCAGAGGCCGUCAUAUGGGCCUUGGAGGGGCUAAAUCGACAUGAUUUCAUACCUGGGGUUCGCCUAGGUAUAACUGUGUACGACAUUGCGGGAUCACGCCAGCUGGCAGCCAGUGUUGCUUCCAUCACUUACCAGAAGCUGAACAAAGACAGUGGUCCUUACCCCUGCAGAAGGCCCAGUAAUGCUUCAUUGAUAGCAGGUAUCGUUGGACCAGGGCGAAGUAAUUCAGCAGAGAUUGUGAGCAACGUGUUGAAAGGCACAGAUAUUCCGGUUUUAUCCUACUCCAGUACAUCAAAUGCUUUACGAGAUGUUGAAGAGCAUCCUAAUUUAUUAUUCACUGUAGAAUCGGACAGACACCAAGUCCAGGCAAUGGUUGAAAUUCUGAAGGCUCUUGGAUGGGACUAUGUAGCAAUCGUAUACACUAACGAAAACUACGGAAUAAACGGAUACCAAGAGCUCAAGGCGGCUGCGCAGAAAGAGGGGAUAUGUAUUGCCACUCCCCGGAUAGGUAACUAUAGCAUCCCCCUGGCAACGAGCAGUGAUCGUUUUGACCGAAUCAUAUCGGAUUUGGUACAGAGUGGAACGAGAGGAGUCAUCUUUUUCGGCCUGCAGGAGUACGGUAAAAGACUUCUGGAAGCUAGUGCACGGCACCAAGAUGCCCCUUCUCUGCUCAUGUGGAUAUUUUCCGAGGCUUUGGCUAAUAAUAAUGCCUUCAGCGGUCAGACGUUAUACGCCCUACAAGGAGGUCUGGCUGUAGCAUCGGCCACAAAACAAAUACCAACUUUUCAGAAAUAUUUUGUAGACUUGUUAUUCAACAUUACCCGCGGUCACAUUGUCACCGACCUUCGGCGCGUUUGGCUUGAAGAAUAUACCACAGCUGCGUUUAGUUGUAAAUUGGCAACCGCAUUGGAAGCAAACAACCAACACACCAGAAACUGUUCAACGCUGUCUCGGACAGAAAUACAAGAUGUGGUUGAGGCAGGGUCCAGUUUGUACUUGGAAAAUGGCCUGAAAGCCGCUUACGCUUAUGCUGCCUCGAUAAGAAAUGCACAUAGUGAGCUGUGUAACUCUCCUGGCGUAUGUAGCAGCUUACGCGAUAUGACGCCUCUUCAGUGGAUGCGGUAUCUUUCUGGACUAAAUAUCACGCUGACAAAUCAUGACAUUCCUUUCCUCCCGCCAGAAUUAUUUGGAAAACGCUUGAUUUUUGAACAGCACGAGCUCACUUUCAACCCCGAGAGUCCAAUUUACAAAAUAAGAAAUUAUCAAAAGGAUCGAACUAUUGAUGUUGGCUUCUUUGAUGGUCGUGAACUCGUACUGAACACUUCGAAUAUCAUUAUGUACAGAUACGACUCCAACAAUCAACCUGUAGAAGUUCAGGGGGAAAAUUUGGACAGAUCUACCUGCCCAAGAAAAUGCGCAGAGUGUGUCAGGAAGAGUGAAGUGAAAGUUGCCUAUAAACCGGGGCAGCAUCUCAUCCUUGGGGUGUUUCCGAUACAUUCGUCAGAUUGCACAACAAUCCGACCGACUGCGAGCGUGCAAUUGUUAGAGGCUUUCCUUUUUGCCAUGGAGCAGAUUUCUCAAAGGAAAGGAGUGAUGCAAAAUAUAUCGCAAGACUUAGAUUUCGGAUAUCUUGCUCUUGACGACUGUUAUGAUGAAUUCAAAGCCUUGCAAAUAGCAUGCGAUAUUUAUAGCGGUAAACAGUUUGGUGACAUUACCAUAGACAGGAACUCAUUAAUUGGCUGGAUAGGACCUCUAUCAAGUGGAAACUGUCGACCGAUUGCUUCGACUCUCCGACAUGUACAUGAUUUACAGAUCAGCUACGGAUCAACCAUAGAGGAUUUCAAUGACCGAAACCUUUAUCCAUAUUUCAUGCGGACGGUUCCGACAGACGAACAACUGACAAGGGCCAUUUUGAGUAUAUGUCAGCAGAUGGGAUGGACGUAUGUCUCUAUCAUCCAUGCAAGUCACGACUACGGUCGAUCUCUCAGAGAUUCAACUUUAAAAUAUUUGCUAGAGUAUGGAAUAUGCAAUGCUACCGUCCUUGAACAAAAUACUGUCACGGAUGAUCACCUGGCGUUCAGUAUUUUAGAAGCCAGUAAAAAUGGCGCCAAAGUCGUGCUCAUUUUAACAGAUGCUUUAAACGCAAGGGCGCUUAUUGGUACAAUUCAAAGAUUUACCAUUUCUCUGGAUGAUGACAAUUUGAAAGACCUCGUAUUUAUUGGCACAGAAUCUUGGGCAGAUAGAGAGUCGGUAGUUGAGGGAUAUGAAACCCUUACCAAAGGUGCUAUCACUUUCAAAUUCAACAAAGGAAACGUACCAGGGUUCGACAGUUAUUUCAAAACGAAAACUCUCCAAAAUAAUAAACAGAAUCCAUGGUUCAACGAAUUCUGGGAGCAGAUAUUUGACUGUAAUUUGGAAGGCAACUUUAACAAAACCAGAAAAAAUACUUGCAAAAAUGAUCUAAAUUUAACUGACUACAGCAAUUAUCAUCAGGACAGUCUAGUAGCAUUUGUGACAGACGCCGUAUAUUCUCUUGCGCUCGGAUUUGAUUCCCUUUAUAAAACCAAGUGCGGGCCCAAUUUCGACCCGAGUUGUACUACAGCUGAUUUCAUUUCUUUUAAAAAUCGCAAAGAGACAUUUACCGGGGAGUUGAUGAAAAAGGUAAAAAAUGUAAACAUGCCAGGCAGGGGCGCGAUGUAUAGUGAAAACGGUAGUGGUAUGACUGGCUACACGAUCCUGCAGUGGUCGGAGGUGGAGACCAAUCAAUGGAGAUACGUAGAGAUCGGUUCAUAUUCUCCAAGCUCUGGGAUAAAUAUUGCAAAAGAUAAAUUAUUAGCAGGGUUGGACAGGUCGGUGAAGUCGGUGUGCCGCGGAGAAGCAUGCGCCAUGUGCCGGUCCGAUCCUCCCGCCCCCGUCACUCUGUCAGCGACAGGAGUGGGAGCCGUGGUGAUGGCCUCACUUGCCGUCCUCCUUAUCCUCACUGUUGUCGUUCUUGUUUGCAUGCUGGUGAAGAUGAAAAGACAACUUGAAAAUGUUUAUGGUCCAAACAGUUAUGAUUAUGCAGAAGUCUCUUUCAACCGCCAACAGCAACAUGUACAAAUGGAGAGAAAUCUGCCGCAGCUCCCAAUGGAAAGAGACAUGACACGAAAAGAAAGUGCUCAUGACCAGCUCAGUAGUGCCGACUCCGGUUACAUCAAUGCUGGCAAAAACACCACAAACACGGCUGUUGAUGACAGUGACGUAGAGAUUGUGUUUGAAAACGACUCUAGUGGUGGUACGAUACAAUCAGACCUAUAUCCACAACACCAGGAAAGGACCUAGGUGUUUGUGUGAGCUUUAUAUGUGAAUAUAUAAGCUGAAAUGUGACUGAAUUUUCGGACUUUUAUGUGAAUAGAUACAUUACAAAGUCAAUGUACUAGCCGUUUUACUAAUGAUGCCACAGGCCCGUGAAUAACAGUUUGUAACGGGCAUAGAAUAGACAGGCAGCAUAUUUUUCCUUUGAGAGGGAAACAUAUAUUUAAAUUAGUUAAUUUUUUAUAUCUGUAGUAAAAUUCACAACAUUCCUGGCUUUUGUAUAUAGAGCAUUUACUUUUUUAAUCUUUAGAAGUGUUUGUUAACAAUUUUGCAGUUUGCAAAUGUAUAUGCUAAAUAACUAAAACAGUAUUUUUUGGUAAAGAGAAUGUAUGGAUGUGUGGAAUUAAAAAAAAAAGACUCUCCCACAUGAUCCAAUUUCUCGAACAAA